AUGCAACCCAGUCUAGGGCUUCAGGUCACCCUGGCUUCUCAAUUGCCGACUCUCCACUCAGCGUCCUUCCCCACGGUACCAGUAAAAGUUUCUGUCCAUAACACUGCCAGUGACCCUGUGACAUUUCUGAAAUGGGGAACUCCUUUUGAUGCCCAUGCCGCAGUCUCGGGAAUCUUUGAAGUUUGUGAUACGGCUGACGGAACAAUUUUGCCCUUGGAUGUGCUCAAAAUGUCCCGGAAAUUUCCCGCUUCCGGAGACGACCUGAUAGAAGUUGCUGGAGGCCAAAUCCUUGAUAAUAUAGUUGAGCUGCCUGGAUUGUACUUCCAAGAGGGUCACGCCUAUUCUAUUCUCACAAAAGGCAUUUGGCAUGCUCUCUGGCAAAAGCCACUGGUCAAUGUGACCGCAUCCCAAUUAACGGACUUCUCCGGAGCAGAGCGCGGCGAGUUUCGGUCGAAUGUUGCACUUGUGAAGCUUGAUUAA